AUGAACGGAAGUCCGCCCUUAGAUGAAAUUAUUGACAAUAUUUCCAGGUUACUUGAACUUGAAGAAAUCGACCUUAGCUUACGUAACUUAUCGUACGAUGAUAUUGUAAGAAUAACAGACAUACUUAGAACGAAAGAAAAUUUACAGAAAUUAAACUUAUGUUGCGUUUUUACGACAAAAAACCAUGAUGAGAUCGUAUCAGCCGUUAAAAAGAUAUUCAGCGUGAUAGAGGAUAAACCAAUAUCCGAACUAAACAUUAGUAACAAUGCGCUCGCCCCUGGAGCGAUUAAGGAAAUGAAGAAAUUCCUAACGCAGAAUGUAAAUCUGCAAAGCAUAAUUGUCGAUGACACUGGAUUGGGUAAAUUAGGAGGAGAGAUCCUUUUUGAAUCUAUAUUAAAUUCAAAAAGUCAGUCUUCAUUUUUGAAAACACUUUCUGCCAGAGCGAAUGUUUUAGGAUCUAGUCGCACGACACCAUUGUUGGGUAAAAUUUUCAUCAAACAUAAUACUACCUUAACAAAGGUAUGUUUAUCUCGAAACAACCUUAAUUUCAAGCAUUUCCCUCAAUUAUUAAAAGGUUUAAAAUCAUGUCGUGGGCUGGAGUUUCUCGAUCUGGAAGACAACAAUUUAAGCGGCGAUUUGGCAAGCCAAUUUGGAUCAUACAUGAACAAGUGGUCCAAUUUAAAACACAUGAACGUUAGCUCUUGCUUUUUUACUUCAAUACAAGUAAAUUUUGUUUUAAACGCAUUAUCAAAAAAAUCAAACACAAAGCUCGAAUUUCUCGGACUUCAGUAUAACUACAUAGAUGAUGACGGGUACUUGUCAUUAGCUGAUACGAUCAGAAAAUGCCUAAAAGAUCUGACUAGAUUGGAACUUAACGGAAAUAUGAUCAUGAAACAACCUAAAUGUUAUGAUAAACUGAAGAAGUCUUUAAAGUCGAUCGGACAUCCUGACGCUCUCGAUGAUUUAAACGACAUGCAAAAUGAAUCCGAUGAUGAAAGUUCGGAUGAUGGAAGUCCUAGUGAUGGAAGUUCUAGUGAUGAUGAAAGUAAAAAAAGAAAGUUGGAUUGUUUGGGUGUGGAAAAACUUGAAUCUAAGAAAAAGAAAUAA